AUGAAAGCCUUGCGCAUCGAAGAAUACGGCAGUGUCGAGGUCCUCGAGUGGAAGGACACGCCAGAGCCAACGCCGAGCCCGCAUCAGGUACUGAUCAAGGUGGACGCGGCCGGCGUCAAUUACGCCGACAUCAUGCGCCGCCAGGGAAACUACCCCGGUCCCGACCUGCCGGCCACGCUGGGGUUGGAAGCGGCGGGAACCAUCAGGGCGUUGGGUUCCGACGUCACCGAGGGCCGCCUGGCGGUGGGACAACGGGUCAUGGCGAUGGGGCCGCAGGGCCAGGCGGAAUACGUCGCCGUCAAUCACAACUUCGUUUUCCCAGGCGGGCAACGCCCACCUGCAUCUUGCUUCUCGCGGCACCCGCGGCAAGGUCAUCCUGACCCCGUGAGUAUUGCCGCCGAACAAUACGCCGCGGUACACGAUGCGGCCCUGGCGGCAGACCGCUUCGCCGACCAUCGCCGCCGAGCCGACCACUGGGCGGACAUCGCGGAGAUGUUUCGCCUGGAUCCCCAUCGGGAGUGGGACCAAAGUCUCCACGCAAUCGCCGGUUACCUGCGGCCAUCGGAUGUCCUGCUUGACGUUGGCGGCGGCGCAGGACGCAUAUCACUGGCGUUGGCCGGCCAGGUGCGAGAGGUGGCGCUGGUGGAGCCGUCCGAGGGCAUGCGGGGCCAAUUCGUCGCGUCUCGCGACGAGGCGGGCAUCUCCAACGCGCGGGUGUCACCGGAUUGGUGGAUGGAGUCCGCCGAAACGGGAGACGUGGCGGUCACGUCGGACGUCACCUAUUUCGUGCGCGACAUCGUCCCGUUCCUCGCCAAGCUGCACAAUGCCGCAGCCCGGAGAGUGAUCAUAUCGAUCUGGCGACCCACCCCCGGCGAUAUGGACAACGAGUUGCGACGAGUCCUUUUCGAUGAGCGCCCCCCUCCCUGGCCCGGGCUACCCGAACUGGCCGCCGUUCUGUGGGAGAUGGGCCUUUUGCCGGAGAUCCGACCCGUUGAUGAACCGCCGUGGUGGAUACCGGAGACGGCCGGCGGAUUGUCCCAAGAACAGGCCGUGGAUCUGGCGAUGCGCCGACUGGAACAGGAUGACGAACCGACCCGUCGCCAAGUCGCUGACAACCUCGACCGGCUAUUCGAGCGCGGCCCGGAUGACCUGAGCCCACGGUGGCUCGGCCACGCGCGCGCCGUGCUGCUCACGUGGGCCACCCACGGACGACCCCUGGAUUGA